AUGCACUUUGAAAGCUUUGUGCGACCUCAGGCUGACCUCCGGAUUGAGGCGGACAAUUUGGAUAUGUUCAACAACAACUUCCCCUACCGGCGCACUGGAAAGGGACUGCGAGUGAUUUUUCCCGAGGUGCUCCGGCCAUAUGUGACCAAGGACUUGCUUGUUGAAUCUCUGGAGGAUGGCAUGCCGUUGCAAGCUGUUCUCGGGCAGGCAAGCCGUGCCAACUCCGCAAGCCGGGACUGCAAAGCAGCCCCAGCAACGGCAGUUGAGCUUCGGGAAGAGGUUGGAGGUCUGUGUAUGGACGCGUUUCUGAAAAUGCUCUUUGCAGACAAUUUCAUCCAUGCAGAUCUUCAUCCUGGCAACAUCCACUUUAACAGGCGGCAAGUUAGAGACAGUGGCCCAAUGCAAUCUGAACUUGUGAUUUUUGAUGCUGGUCUUGCUGUACAGAUGUCUCCGAAGGACCGGCGGAAUUUUGUUGAUGUCUUCUACGCCCUCACGACAAAUGAUGGGAAGAGGGCUGCUCAAUUGAUGGUAGAGCGCACGCCUGGUGAUCGUUCUUUAGUGCGUAACGAAGAUGAAUUUGUGGCCAGUGUUGGCCAGCUGGUGAAUGAAGUGUGUGAUAUGGGCUUCUCUCUCGGGAAGGUUCGGCUGGGCGAAUGCUUUGGACGAAUGCUGUCGUUAGCAUGCGAUCACCGGGUGAAGCUUGAAACCAGCUUUGUGACUGUGGCGAUCGAUCCUCAGUAUCCACAGCUUCAAUUCUUUCGAAGCAUCUUGGUGCCAGUGCCGAUUCAGUGGGUUGUGUGUGUGUGUGAAUUGACUACGUAG